GGUUCAACCUUAGACUUGCUAUAAAUUCAACUUGUGCUCAGCAUCCUAUGCAUCUGCAACGUACACCAAGUUAAAGGCCAGAAAAUAAUGGAUAUCUAUGUUUACUUUAACCCUAUCUCUCGCCUCAUUCUUCACUUCUUGCUCUUGUUAUUUUUGGCAUCUUCGUGCCUAAACAAUAGCAGUGUCGUGGUGGAAUCAUGCAUGGAGGAAGAGAGGCGAGCACUUCUCAGCUUUAAACAAGACCUCAGUGAUCCUUCUGGUAAGCUUUCUUCUUGGGCUGGUCACGAAUGCUGCCAAUGGACAGGGAUUUCAUGCAACAACCGCACUGGUCAUGUUGCAACGGUUGACCUCCGUAAUACAUAUCCAUACACCACUGGUGAUGAUCAGUGGAACUCCACGGAGUAUGAAGAAUCUUGUUUGGGGGGUAAGUUAAUUAAUCCUUCUUUGCUUGGCUUGAAACAUUUGAGUUACUUAGACUUGAGCUUGAAUGAUUUUCAAGGGAUUCACAUUCCCAAGUUUAUUGGGGAGCUUACAAGUCUGAGAUAUCUCAAUUUCUCAGCUGGGUACUUGUCUUUGAAUUCAGUUGGGGGAGAGAUUCCUUCUUCUCUUGGUAACCUCUCAAACUUGAACUAUCUUGACCUCAAUUCUUAUUAUUCUCCUUCUUAUUCUCUUUCUUCCAAAAACUUGAAUUGGCUUUCUCAUCUCUCUUCCCUAAAAUACCUCAAUCUUGGAGGUGUGAACCUUAGCAGCACAGGAGUUAGUUGGCUACAUGAGGUUAACAUGCUUCCUUCACUCUUAGAGUUGCAUUUGUCUAGCUGCUACAUUGGUGGAAACCAGCUUCCACUCUCCAUGCCUACAAUUAACUUCACAUCACUUUUGCUCCUUGAUAUGUCAUGGAAUUUGAUUAAUUUUCCAUAUCCUAAAUGGAUGUUUAAUCUUACUAGCCUUACAAAAGUUGAUCUGAGUGGGAAUUCUUUCAGUGGCCCCUUUCUUGAUGAAUUUGUAAGACUCAAAUCUCUAGAACACCUUGACUUACAGAGUGUAGGACUCAAAGGUCAACUUCCCAAAUUUAGUGGAAAUUUGUGCAGGCUCAAGUCAUUAAGUCUUGCACAGAAUCAAAUUGAUGGGGGGAUUGAAGAGUUUUUGAGUGGUUUCUCAAAUUGUUCAUUUAAUAGAAUGGAGUCACUAGAUUUGCAAGGCUGUGGGCUGGUAGGCAAAUUGCCUAGUUCGUUGGGAAUGCUGAGAAGCCUGCAGCAUCUCGAUCUCAACUCCAACUCUUUUUGGGGAUCCAUUCCAGAAUUUAUUAUCAGCAAUUUAUCAUCAUCCCUGAAGACACUUGAUCUCAGGAAUAAUGUUUUCAACGGUUCCAUUCCUCAAAGUUUGGGAAAACUUUCUCAACUAGUGAGCCUUGAUCUAUCUUAUAAUGUUUUCAACGGUUCCAUUCCUCAAAGUUUGGGAAAACUUUCUCAGCUAGUGAGCCUUGAUCUAUCUUAUAAUUCAUGGAAAUGCAAUUUAACCGAAGCCCAUUUCAUAAAUCUUACAAAAUUAGAGUCUUUUGCAAUUAGCACAGCCCAACCUGUGCCCAUCAUUUUCAAUUUGAUUGAUUAUGAAUGGAUUCCUCCUUUCAAGCUCCACUACAUUGUAAUGCACAACUGCCGAGUAGGCCCCGACUUCCCUGUAUGGCUUCAAUCUCAAACUGAGCUCGUGGGGGUCUCACUUAAGAAUGCUGGACUCUCGGGUGAAAUACCAGAGGAAUGGCUCUUUAAGAUAUCUUCCCAGAUCCGAAAUUUGGAUUUAUCUUCCAAUCAAAUAAGCGGAAAGCUUCCGUUCCGAUUCAACUCUUUUCCGAAUCUGCUUUUCAUAGAUUUGACCCAUAAUCAAUUUGAUGGCACUAUUCCAUCAUCUAUUUGUAGCAUUCAAUUUCUACAGGUCCUUGCUCUGAAUAACAAUCAGUUAUCCGGAGAAUUCCCUAAAGAAUGGAGUUUGUGGAGCCGCAUAGACACUGUGGAUGUCUCAAACAACAAUAUGUCUGGUAAUAUUCCAAGCUCAAUGGGCAUUCCAAGUUCUCUUGAAGUACUAAAGACAGACAACAAUCAAUUUAGCGGAGAAAUUCCUUCUGCCUUGCAAAAUUGCUCACGUUUGCACAGACUUUAUCUUGGAGGCAACAAAUUUACUGGAAGCAUACCUUCUUGGAUAGGAUCAAAAGUAUCCACAUUCACAGUGCUGCAAUUGCAAUCAAACUCUUUAAGUGGACAUAUUCCUCGUCAUUUGUGCAGUCUUCCUUUCCUUCAGAUCCUAGACCUUAGUCACAAUAGAUUUUCAGGGACUAUUCCCAACUGUUUGAAUACAUUGACUUCUUUAAUCCAUAGUAGUGGUUGGGACUGCAUCGUCUCUGAUGAUUUUGAGGUAAUAACAGUGACUGUAAAAGGAAGAGCAAGUGAAUACUUCUCUUGCAAGGAGAUGCUUCUAACCAUUAUUGAUUUUUCGCAUAAUGAUUUAGAAGGUGAAAUUCCUGAAGAAAUCAGCAGUCUCGUUCGAUUAGCUACAUUAAACUUGUCCAUUAAUCAAUUAAGUGGAAAUAUCCCCUCAAGAAUUGGAAACUUGCACUUGCUUGAAACACUUGACCUCUCCCAGAACCAGCUUUCAGGACAGAUUCCACAAAGUCUCGCUUCUCUGACCUUCUUAUCUCACUUGAACUUGUCUUGCAACAAGUUGACCGGAAGAAUUCCUUCGGGCAACCAACUUCAGACGCUCGAUGAUUCAUCUAUUUAUGAGGGCAAUCCUUCACUCUGUGGAUUUCCUCUUUCAAAUUGCACAGAAGAUGGAGGCAACAUGCAUGAGCCUCAUGAAGCUGAUGAUGAAAAGACUCAUGAAGCUGAUGAUGAAAAGCUUGGUUUAUAUACCAGCGCGGUGCUUGGCUUUAUCAUAGGCUUUUGGAGUGUUUGUGGCACAUUGAUAUUGAAGAAGUCAUGGAGGUAUGCUUAUUUUCAAUUUUUUGACCACAUCAAAGAGAAAGUAGCACUAGCAAUUGCAUUGAAAGUAGCUCGUUUGAAAGCAAGGCAGUGAUCGGAAACAAAACAAAAAGAAAGCAGUAGUUAUAUAAUAUGCUUUCUGAUUUCUAUCUAUUCUAUCUAUGCAGUAAUGUACGAUGUACAUUUCCUUAUGAACCUUGUUGUUUGAUUGAUUUCUAUCUAUUCUAUCUAUGCAGUAAUGUACGAUGUACAUUUCCUUAUGAACCUUGUUGUUUGAUUAGAUGUUGCUGUUGUUAUUUUGGUAAUAGCAGCAAUGAUUUAGCUGCUAUGCUUUUCUU